AUGCCGGUGGUGACGGCGUCGGCGGCGGCGGGGAGCCGGGGUCACCUUGUGAUCUGUCAUCCUCUCGCUGCAAUCGUCAUUACAGUACCGCUGGUGACGCCACUCGGCGAGCGCAAGUGGAUAAAUAGAAACGUCAGCCACAACGAAGAUGAAAGGGGACCCGCAGCUAAUGGCUCGGCAGCGAUGCGCCAGGUGGCCUUAAGCUUUUCGCAGCUCAGCUUCAUUGACCUUGAGAUGGCUCAGAAGAAAUCGCUGUCCUGUUCUCUGGGACUUCACUCACUACAGUUGCGGGGAGGCUACACCUCCCGGGGCCUGCGUCCUCUUCCUGGAGGGGGGCAAUGGACUCGGGCCCUGCUGGCUCCUCUCAUUGAAAUUCUGCAGACUUCAAAGGCCUGUGCGCCGCUUCCGUCGGGGCUGGGCCGGCCUGGGGGUGGGGCUUGCGGCUUUGGAGAUUUGGGGCUGGAGAAGUCCUCACCCCUCUGCGCUCGCCUUGAGGAGCACAAGGCUGGGCUGGAUGCUUCCAGGCUCUCCCAACACCUCCUGCUCAUCCCACCAGCCCCACAGCUGCACCCACCGCUGCACCUACAGCCCAACCUCCGGAAGGCCCCACUUGGGAGGCUGGAGCCCCCAGAGCAGCCCUUUAACUAUGGAGCUUUGCGGCCGCCCCGUCCUGUUCCUGCGUCUCUUUUCUACGCCUUCUCUCACUCGCCCCCUCUGCCUCUUGCCGUUGCGGUGACAAAGCGCCGCUCCCGAACUGCUAUCUUGAGAGCCGGCACCCAGGUGCGGAGUGUUCCGCGCAGCACCGACUCCAGGAAGCUUUGCCCCUGCUCGGCGGCGGCGCAGAGCUCGUCGGGGCCCGCGGCGCUGCCCUACGGCUACUUCGGCAGCGGCUACUACCCGUGCGCCCGCAUGGGCCCGCACCCCAACGCCAUCAAGUCGUGCGCGCAGCCCGCCUCGGCCGCCGCCUUCGCCGACAAGUACAUGGACACCGCCGGCCCCGCGGCCGAGGAGUUCAGCUCCCGCGCCAAGGAGUUCGCUUUCUACCACCAGGGCUACGCGGCUGGGCCCUAUCACCACCACCAGCCUGUGCCCGGCUACCUGGAUAUGCCGGUGGUACCGGGCCUCGGGGGCCCCGGCGAGUCGCGCCACGAGCCCCUGGGUCUUCCUAUGGAAAGCUACCAGCCCUGGGCGCUGCCCAACGGCUGGAACGGCCAAAUGUACUGCCCCAAAGAGCAGGCGCAGCCUCCCCAUCUCUGGAAGUCCACUCUGCCGGACGUCGUCUCGCACCCCUCAGAUGCCAGUUCCUACCGACGAGGGAGGAAGAAGCGUGUGCCUUACACCAAGGUGCAAUUAAAAGAACUUGAACGGGAAUAUGCUACCAACAAAUUCAUUACCAAGGACAAACGGAGGCGGAUAUCGGCCACAACGAAUCUGUCCGAGCGGCAAGUCACAAUCUGGUUCCAGAACAGAAGGGUCAAAGAGAAAAAAGUCAUCAACAAACUGAAGACCACUAGUUAA